AUGACCGGUCCCACAAUUCAGAGUAAACUUUUCGAACAUCUGGUGCGAUUCCGCACACAUAGAUAUGUACUCACUGCCGACAUCGAGAAAAUGUACCGGCAAAUUUGGGUGCAUCCGAACGACCGCCAAUAUCAGAAGGUUUUUUGGUAUCACGAGAGUCACAUUCGUACUUUUCAACUGAAUACCGUUACUUUCAGCGUAUCAUCAGCUCCCUUUCUUGCCAUCCGAACGAUACAGCAACUUGCGAAUGACGAGAGCACGGACUUUCCUAUCGGCGCUGAAAUAUUAAAACGCGAUCUAUACGUCGAUGAUCUUUUGACCGGUGCGGACACCUUAAAGGGACUUUUACAAAUUCGCGACCAGACCAUCGAAAUUCUGAAACGCGGCGGUUUUCAUAUUCGACAAUGGGCUUCGACCCACCCGCAAGCUCUUAAAGAUUUGAACGAACGAACACUAGACGUAGAAUUCCUCACCAACGAAAAUCCGAUUCUAAAGACAUUAGGCAUUACUUGGAAUGCGCGUCGUGAUGAAUUAAUUUAUACGGUCAACCCGAUCAAAACAAGUAAUAGAGUUUCUAAACGUCACAUUUUAUCCGCAAUAGCAAAAAUUUUUGACCCUCACGGUUUACUCGGCCCGAUUAUUCUUACGUCAAAGGUGUUAAUGCAAGAGUGUUGGAAGGCAAAAAUUUCAUGGGAUGAAUCAGUACCCAGCGCAUUACACUCCUCGUGGUCAUCGUUCGUAGAACAACUCGAAUUGAUUGAUCAUUUGACCGUUGAUCGUUGUUUGAUAAUCAAUAAAUUCAUUGAAAUUCAAAUUCACGGCUUUUGCGACGCGAGUAAGAUCGUUUACGGAGCCUGCUUAUACGUGCGAUCCCGCAACGAGCAAGCAAAUCGUAUCAGGGAAAUUCAAGACAUUACCAAAGACUUUGAAUGGCGGCAUGUUAGAUCGGAACACAACCCGGCUGACGCGUUAUCGCGAGGUCAACUUCCGCGAGAAUUCUUAAAAAACGACUCCUGGUUUAACGGCCCAAUGUGGCUCAGACAAUCCGAAGCAACCUGGCCUAGGACUCCUGAAACUCCCGUCAAAGAAUUACCCGGUUUAAAGAAGGUC